AUGCAUUAUCGAAUGCUAUGGCGGUGGUGUAUGUGUGUGACUGAAGCAUUAUCAAACUGUUUCAUGCGGUUGGUUACAUUACUCGCCCAAUUCUUGUUAUUAUUCUGGUACUAUUUUUCCCUUUGGUAUUGGGUCACCGUUACACUGCUAUACUAUUUCUCAUUUCUUAUUAAAGUUGCCAGUACAGUGUGGAAGAAGAUCAUAAUGCUGUCACAUUUAGGCACAAGGCUUUCUAGAUUACAGUUAAAAACACUAUGUAUCAGACAUUGCAUCACAGUAAGAACCAGCUGGAAAAGUACUGGAAAACUGCAAACUGAAUAUAUAUGUGCUGAACCACUUUUGGAACAUGCAGUAUAUCGUGUUGACCAACGCCUGGGUAUGAAAACAUGGGCAUCACCUCACCUCGAAGAAAAGAUUCGAAAACAAGACAAGUUAUCAAGUGAUUACACUUUAAUAUAUCGUGCUCCAAUGAUCAACUAUGUUAAAGUAGCUCAGGGACUUUGCACAGGUCCUCCGUUAGUUUUUUGUGGGCUUCUUACUGCUAACUAUUUCUCAGACUUCUUGUUUGCUGAAGUUAAGGAUAGCUAUUUUGGACUGACCCUUGACCAAAGUGAUAUGAUGAUCUUCUUGGUGUCAUAUUUUCUUUUUAAUGUAGUUCUUUAUUCGUUUAUAUCAAGAUAUGCACUAAGGAUAUACAGUAAUAAGGACCAUGUGUAUAAAACAAUAUUUCAGGGUUUGUUGCCCUGGAAUACAAAAGAACUGAGUUUUAAGAAAGGAGAUAUAGUGAGAAAACCAUCAUUAUAUUUCCUCCCUUGGAAAGAUUCCCAAUACAGCAUAGGGAAGAAAAAAGUUAUUCUGUUAGAACAGUAUUUUAGAAGGCCAGUUGACCUGCAUGACAUGUUUAAAAAUUAACUUAUAUAUAUUUUUUUUUUUUUUUAAAAAAAGAAAGCCUUCCACAUGGCAGGUGUAUGGUACACAGGCACACUUGAAGAUCAGAUAAUUUCAUUAGCUAUCACUCUGCUUUAAGCUUUAGCAAGCAUGUGCAUGCUGCCCCUCCCCCCUCUCCUCUCCCCCCACCCCCACCCCCUCCACACACAUAUUACAAGUUUCUUAAUUGCUCAUAAUCUGUAUAUAGUAACUAUUUUAGUAAUAUUUGCAUUUGUAAAUAUUUAUUAUACGUACCAUAGAUCUGAGCCAAAAUAAAUUAAAUUUUGAUUGUUGUCAUGAAAUAGCAUACUGUAAUAAAACUUUCACUCUAACAAAGAUGACUUGACAUUGCUUGUGGAAUUGGUUGGAUUGUAGGUAGUAAGUAACAAAUUAAGUGAAUAACAAAAAGAAGAUAUAUUUCAUGUAGGUGAGAAAAUGUCAGAUUAUUUCAAAUUCAAACUGGACAUUUCUACUGUGGAGAGGAGAAAAGCCACCAGCUAAGUUUCACAUUAAGAUGUAGAGGAGUGUGUAAGAAGAUGGAACUGUUGCACCAUCUUUCAUUAGUUGUAAUGAUAAGCAAGCAGAAAUUGGAUCUCUCUAUUGUGAACAGCACUUUUUUCUUCUUCCCAUAAAGGAAGAGAUCAAAAACCACAUAGAUUUGAGCUGUGCUCCAAACAAUGGCUGUUCAUAGGAAUUUUUAAGGAUGUGGGCAAGAUUCAAAAUUGUUGUUUUUGAUACAACUAACUUGGUGAAUUUGGUAAUGUGUGACACUUCAAGAACUAAAUUUGAGAAGAUGUGCACAAAACUUAUCGUAUCUCAAAAUGUUAAUAGUUAUCUACUUAGCAUUUUUGAAGUAGAUUGCUUUGGUACCAGAAAUUUCAACAGGACAUGCAAAGUACAUCUUUAACAUGAAUGUGGAUGCCAGCUUUUUGAUUCAGUGACCUUAAAUUACACCCUGCUUUGAUUAAGUCCAGGCCAUCCAAUGAGUUAUGAAUUAAAGCUAGAAAAUACAAAAAUAAUUUCUUAAUACUCCCCUAAUGUUAAGCUGAAACUGAAAUAAAAAAUCUGAAAUAGGGAAAAAAUAAUCAGAUAAUUCAAACAGAUAUCAACAAAAA